AUGGAGGAGUGGAACAGCAGUACUUUCAGAUGUAUGGUAGAAGAAGUGCACAUCUCCUCGCUUGGUGAGAGUGUUUCAAAGCUCUUGGAAGACUCAGAUAAAGACAUAGAAAAAGCAGUUGCGAAGUAUUUGUGCCUUCAAGAGGUGGACGGCUUGUAUAUGUACUUCCCUUCAUUUUCGGAAGUAGAUAUAGAGGAUAAGCUAUCCAUCAGCCAUCAAGUAAGUAGAUUCUGGAAGGUUAGGUUUGAGCUUCGUGAGGGGUGUGCUAGGUCUAGCCAUAAAUACGAAGACGUUGUGAAUGGUUUUCUAGCGCUCGAUGCUAAGUAUGGAAUGCUAGGAAUGCUGGAGGGACAGAUGGCACUGAUUGAAGAGAUAAGAAGAAUUUAUGCCAUAACGUCCCACAAAUCAUCCAAGAAGAAGAGGAUAAGAGAGUAUAAGUUGUAUGGUGCAUUGCGUUUCUACUCAAGACUAGGAGGGAUGGUAUACACCUCGUUGUUCAACCCUGGCACAACAGUGAAGGAAAUAGUCUUCAAAGAGAUUGAGAUAUUUCCAUCAUCGACAUUCCCAAUCCUUGUGCCUCUGGAUACGGAUAGGGGUACUUCAAGAGUCAUGUACAAAAAGGGAGAUGACCUUACUAAAGACCUGUUUGUUCUUGAAACAAUAAAGUACAUGUCGAGACUGAUUGGGGUUGACCUGGUUGCUUAUAGAGUCAUACCACUGAGUAGAGAGGAAGGAAUUGUGGAAGUGGUGGAUGGGGUGGACUUUACAAAAAUCAGAAAAAGAAGCGAUUUGGUAAGAUAUAUUGAAGAAGAGAAGUGCUCGGAUUAUGGAAGAAGUCUUGAAAAGAAAAAGAUGUUUGUGGACACCCUCUGCGGAUACUCCGUUGCUUGUUAUGUGAUGGGGGUUGGAGACAGAAAUCCAGGGAACAUGAUGGUGGCUAAGGAUGGAAGGUUCUUUCAUAUUGAUUUCAGCUAUGUGUUUGGCAAUGAACCAAAGCCCAUUUCGCAUAGAAUAACGAUUGUUAGUCCCAUACGCGAUUAUCUGGUAAAUGAUGAGCUAGCUUACCAGGAUUUUCUUUCAAAGUCCGGAGAGAUGUUUCUUCAAAUAAGAAGAUCAUGGCGAAAGAUCUUUGUUCUAUGGUGUAUAUUGGUUCGAAACGAGAUCUUUCGGCUCGACCUGGACAAAAUCAUUUCAUUUGCAAGAGAUAGACUGAAGCUGGAGAUUACCGAAAAAGAAGCGCUGGAGCAUUUCGAAAAAGAGAUCAAGAGCGCUGUUGGGAGCUUUAGAACAUCUGUAGUGCAUCUUGUUAACAGGAUAGGGAUACUCUGGAGGAGAUGA